AGACUCGACGGAUCAACGUCCACUGAUACUCGAAAACAACUGUGCAAGAUAUUCAAUGAGAAAAAUAAUAAUUUCAAACUGAUGAUAAUUUCCACGAGGGCGGGAUCCCUCGGAAUCAAUCUCCAUUCGGCCAACCGCGUGAUAGUCUUCGACGCUUCCUGGAACCCAACUCAGGAUAUUCAAUCUAUGUUCAGAGUUUACAGAAUGGGACAGCAGAAACAAGUGUAUAUUUACAGGUUCAUAGGACAGGGCACGAUUGAACAUAAAGUUUAUUAUCGUCAAGUUGUCAAGGUUUCACUUGCAGAACGCGUCGUGGACAAAAAUUCGAAAGAAAGACGCUUCACGGAUCAUGAGUUAGGUGAAUUGUACAGGUUUAAUCCGACUAUGGAGGAAAGUCCAAUACAAAUGGUGCCUGAUGACAAGGUGUUGGCGGAUAUAGUUUACAACCACAAAGACAAGUGGAUCGGCAAUUUCUACGAACACGAUACCUUGUUGCAAGAUGAUAACGAUGAAGAUUUGUCCGAAUCGGAAAAAUUGGCGGCUUGGGAUGAAUAUGAAAAGGAACGUGAGCGAAUGAGGUCGCCGCCCCCGGGAGGUGUGUUGCCGGGCGCCAUUAAUUACCCUGGCCUGGUAGGGUUUCCCACGGGAUACGGGUUGUUACCGUCUGGACUACCUAUAAGCAUGAGUGACGUUUUCGCAGGACAAGAAUCCUUGAACGGACCAAGUAACCCAGCUGAAAGAGCAUCCUGGAUUGAAAGCCUGAGGAGCGUAUUACCUGCCGACCUGAUAGCGAAAUUAAUAAAUAAUGUGUCAAUUACAGACGAGUCACGACCGGUGGACAUGACAUUGCCGAGUAUGUUUGACGAAGCACCGUUGACAAGUUUGACUCAAGCUGGAGCCACUUUGCUUCAGUCAACCCACAACGCUACAGUGUCCAUCGCAGGAAACAUUCUUCCGGGACUGGAAAGUACAAGAAUUAGUGAUGCGGGUGCCUUGACCUUACCCGCGCCAAGUGAUAGUGCCGUGACUCCGGGAGUCUUACCUUUUCACCCUAAUACUAGAAGUACCAUAGCGCCUAUAAGUUCGGUGAGUCGUACAAGUAGCGUCAGCCAAAUACCUUCAGAAGUGACGCAGAACUCAAGUGUGGAUACAAAUCACCAGACGCCGAGAGCUGUUGCAAGCGAAGCUGACAUCACACGAGCCUCAACAGUGCUGAAGAACCAAGUCAUGAUGACCUUGAAACAGGACAUGUCAGUGGCGGAUAUCAAUAAGUAUCUUCUCAUUUAUGAGAAAGAAAGGAGGGCGCAUAUUAAGUUCAAAGAAGAUUUGAAAGCGUAUAAGAGUGACGCACUGGAAUAUGUUAAAAAAUUCAUUAAGAAGUAACAUAUCAGCAAUUCUUCAUUUUGAGCUGCUAUAAUUGAUUGCUUCCUUUUAUUAUUGUAGAAUUUGCAAAUUUUGUGUUAUUAUUAAGCUGCUCUUUGAUUCAUGGUUAAACUGCAAUGGUGCCUAUUAUUAGCUUAGAUUUAGAAUCAUUUUGGUUUUAUUGGCUUUCUGCUUGCUUGUUUUUGAGCAUUACUUUGAAAUUGUCUUUGAAAAGGAAAAAAGUAUUUAACUUUUAAUCUUGUCUUUAUUAUACGGAAAAUGGUA